AUGGCGCCGAAUCGCGGCGAAGACGACAUAGAGCGUCUAUCAAGGACCACCAAUGAAUAUCCUUCUAGUUCCAUGAUCGAACAUGCACGGCGUCCCUCAGAAGCCUAUGUUAAUCUGCAUGCAAACGUUGAAGCCAAAAUCAAGAAUCCUCUCUGGGGGCUUCCCCGAGCAAGACUCCUGGCCGAUGUGGACGACUUCUGCCGCAAAAAGGACCUCGACCAUUAUCGCCCUCUCAUCCGCAAGGGUGCUCUUGUCGCCCAGGAUCCCACCGGCUAUGAGGACAUUGAAGGAGACGAAAAGCUAAAUGAUGAAGAGGUUCAAGCACUCAGAGACGAGAUCCUUCACAAGUGGCGAGUUCCCUUUGUUCUUUACUUGACCGUUGCAACGUGCUCUAUCGGCGCCGCUGUGCAAGGCUGGGACCAGACAGGCUCAAAUGGGGCCAACCUCGAGUUUCCGUAUGCUUUCGGCAUUGGCGGCGAUAGUAUACAUGACAAGCUACUCGUCGGUCUUGUCAACUCGGCGCCUUAUAUUGGGACCGCUCUUUUUGGCUGCUGGCUCUCGGAUCCUCUCAAUUCGCGUUUUGGCCGUCGCGGCACAAUAUUCUUUUCUGCCAAUUUUUGCCUUUGGCCCGUAAUUGGAAGUGCUUUUUUCCCCAUCUUCGCUGCCGAGAACUCUCCUGCCCCUAUCCGAGGUGCUUUCGUGAUGAGUUGGCAAAUGUGGACGGCUUUUGGCAUAUUUCUCGGAACCUGUGCAAACGUUGCCGUUACAAAAAUUGGCCACAAUGCAUGGCGAUACCAGCUAGGCUCGGCUUUCAUUCCAGCUGUGCCUUUGAUGUUCUUGAUUUACCUUUGUCCAGAGUCUCCUCGUUGGUAUAUGAAGAAGAAUCGCUAUGGCGAUGCGAUGAAAUCCCUGUUACGACUGAGAAACCACCCGGUACAGGCCGCUCGUGAUCUGUACUACAUCCAUGCGCAACUCGAGGUCGAGCUCGAGUUCAUCGGACAAGGAAACUAUGCGAAACGCUUUAUUGAACUCUUUACGAUACCCCGUGUGCGACGAGCCACUUUGGCGUCCUUUGUGGUCAUGAUUGCCCAGCAGAUGUGCGGUAUCAACAUCAUUGCCUUUUAUUCGACAAGCGUCUUUCGAGACGCCGGAGCCACCGAUAACGAGGCCCUGCUGGCAUCGAUGGGGUUUGGUCUGGUCAAUUUCGUCUUUGCAUGGCCUGCGAUAUGGACGAUAGAUACCUUUGGCCGACGAUCUCUGCUGCUCUUUACGUUUCCUCAGAUGGCAUGGACAUUGCUGGCGGCAGGCCUAUGCACAUUGAUCCCGGGUACGGGUGGACUCCACAUGGCACUGGUGGCUCUCUUCGUUUAUCUCUUCGCAGCCUUUUACUCGCCUGGAGAGGGACCUGUGCCUUUCACUUAUUCGGCCGAGGUGUUUCCCUUGUCGCAUCGUGAGGUGGGCAUGUCAUGGGCUGUAGCAACAUGUCUGUUCUGGGCAGCAGUUCUGUCCAUCACUUUCCCACUAAUACUGGCGAGGUUGCACGCCAUCGGUGCUUUUGCGAUGUACGCGGGUUUCAACAUCAUUGCUCUGGUCAUGAUAUUCUUGUUCUUACCGGAGACGAAGCAACGUACGCUAGAGGAACUGGAUUACAUCUUUGCAGUACCAACACGCGUGUUUAUGAGAUACCAAGUUACUAAAGUCCUUCCCUGGUGGAUCAGGAGAUGGAUCUUAUUCCAGCGGGAAGCCAGGCUGGAUCCGUUAUAUCAGUUUGACACAGUUGGCGAGCCGGAAGACAGCCACGGCAGCGACUACGGGUACGAGAACGACAAGGCGAAAGUCGAGCUAAAGGAUACCAUUGGACUCACGUCAGGAGUUCAGGCGACAAGAUGA